GCUGCAUCUCUAUGGCAGUGGGUGCUGCCUUUGCAUUUCCCGGGAAGUGGGUCCAGAUUCCAGACCCGCAGGUAACGCAAAGGCUACUCCGAGAUGCCACUGGUGAGCGCCUCAGAACCACGGCCAUCUCUCUCUCUUUCUCUGAUACCCAUCUCGUUUCUCAUUGGUCAGUUAUCCUGUUUCCAUUAGCCGUGUGAUGAGAGCAGGCAAGAUUGAAAAUGGAGGCUCAAGAGCUGGCAGCCACAGAGAUCCGAGAGAGAAGGUCGGCGGAAGAAAGAUCGUGUUGCGUCUCCUGGGCUGAGACUCCCAGGGAGCUUCUGAGCCGGCCGACUCUUAAAGAGAUCAAACUGGAGUCAGAGGAGCCGUGUUGGGAAGCCCGAUGGCAGGAGUACCUGAAGAUGCUACAGGAUCCCGACUUGGGUUGGAGGCCUGUGCCAUUCCGUCGGUUUCCAUCAGAAGAGCACACCGAGGAAUUUCACGCUUCUACCAAAGGAGAAGUGGUUGAGAUGAACCUUUUGCCAAAGGCUGAAUCUGAGGCUGACCCCUGGCCAGGCCUUGGUGGAGAAGCCCACGGAGGCAGCCUGGAGUCUUUAGUGAAAGUGAAGGAAGAAAUCACAGAGGAGGAUGAGAGCUUGGAGAUGCGGCGCCAGGAUUUUAGACGUUUCCCUUACCAGGAGGCCGAGGGGCCCCGAGAGAUUUGCAGGCAACUCCUGGGACUUUGCUGUCAAUGGCUGAAGCCAGACGUGCACACGGUGGAGCGGAUCUUAGACCUGCUGGUCCUGGAGCAGUUCCUGGCCAUCCUGCCUGAGGAAAUUCAGAGCUGGGUGAGGGGAGGCGGUGCUCAGAGCUGCGCCCAGGCAGUGUCACUGGCAGAACAUUUUCUCUUGCGGGUGCCGAAGGCAGAGAAGACUGAAAGGCAGGUCCUGGAGCCUUUUGAGGAAGUGAUCGUGAAUUCUCCCGAGACCGAAUGGGAGCUGCCUGGAACCAAAGGGCAGCAGCCUCUCUCGACGGAGGCAGAACUGGAGGAUGAGAGAGAGGCUGAGUUGGUCUGGACUGUGGAAAGCAGCAGGCAAAUUGAGGAGAACGAUCGAGAGAAUGGCCUGCCACGAAGACCUGAACAAGCUGCAGUGAGCGAUAGAUCCCUGGAAAGAGGCAGAAGGAGGUUUUUCCAAACUCUUGAAGUGGAAGAGAGACUUGAAAACCAACAAGGCCUGAAAAACCAUUGUGAAAACCACCCUGGCAGAAAACUAGGAAAUGACUUUGUUUGUCAGGAGGGUGGCCUCCAUUUACAUGAAAGCUCGUUUCCAGCGGGAAUCGCUGGGCCAAAGACCAACACGACGACCACCAAGAGCAGGAAAAGCCUUACUCGGAGUUCUGGCGGCAUGAAGCACUGGAAGGAGUCCUACGAGUGUUCGUAUUGUGGGAAAAAGUGGCCCUGCCCGUCUCAGCUUCUCAGGCACGAGAGCAUCCACACGGGCGAGAAGCCCCAUAAAUGCACCAAGUGUGGGAAAAGUUUCAAUCGGAGGUCGAACCUCACCAUGCACGAAAGGACCCAUACGGGGGAAAAGCCGCACAAGUGUUCCCAGUGCGGGAAAAGCUUCAUCCGGAGGACUCACCUGACGAAACACAAGAGGACGCACGUGAAGGAGAAAUCCUGCAACUGCUCAGGGUGCAGGAGGUCCUCUGGUCUGACCCUGAGUUCUCAUCUGAAUGUCGACCCCAGAACCCAGUGCUCGGCUUACGGCAGGAGCUUCCUUUACGGCAAAAAUGCGACAUCGGAAGAGUCUGUGGGGGCAGGGAAGCUGAACAAGUGCUCUUACUGUGGGAAAAGCUUUUCUUGCCAAUCGCGGUUCCUCCGGCAUGAGAGAAGCCACACCAAAGAGAGGCCCUAUCAAUGCCCUGACUGUGGGAAAAGCUUCUGCACCAGCUCGAACCUUAGCCAGCAUAAGAGGACCCACACGGGAGAGAGGCCGUACUGUUGCCGACACUGUGGGAAGAGUUACCGGCGGAAGUCGUCCCUGGUUCAACACGAGCAGGAGACGUGCCAGAAAGGGAACUCUUUAAAUGCUCCACCUGUGGGUUUCGUCGUCUUAGGGAGCUGUGCUUUGCUUUGCACGAAACAGUCAGGUCAGGCGGGGAUGAAUGGACCCCUUGCUUCAAAGGCAGGGGACGUCCUCCCGGCACCUCAGCUUUCAAGCAUCUCCACAGGAUGCACGCAGUAGAUGUUCAUGGACAAAUCCGGUCCUGUUCAUCAAGGAAAGGUGCUGCUGCUGCUGCGGGCAGAGACGGACAAUCACAGAAUGGCAGGGAAAGUAGCAGUGGACCUCGGAGGUCACUGCGUAUUAGAAAACAAAAACAAACCCCGUCUUGGCUGGAUCUGCCUUCUCCAACCCAGCAAUGUGCGACCAUUUUGAUCUGUCCAAGCCAAUAUGGCUGCUCGUCAGGAAUGCCGGGAAAUGGACUGCGGCACUUUUGCAGACUUGUGGAAAACAGGAUUAUCGUUGGCUGAGGCUGGAUCCAUCGUUGACUUCUUUAAAAGGGUGGAAAAUAUGAGGUGGUGGGUGGUAGGAUAAAACUUGGGAGGUGGGGGGGGGACCAAACCCAAAGAGGUACUCUCACCGUAGUUCAUAUCAAUAUAAAACAAAAAUUGAGCAAAAGAUAUGACACAUUGGCAGUAGGAGAAUUCAAAACUCAUAUAAUUAAAGAUAAAAAAGAC